AUGGCGAAUGCUUCGGUAGCUCAAGUACUUGAGGCGCUUUCAGCUUUAUACUCUGCUUCCGAUCCCCAAGCUAAAAAUGAAGCAAGCAGAUGGCUAAACACUUUCCAGAAACAGCAAGAAGCAUGGGGCACUGUCGAUUAUCUUCUCAAAGCUGACGAUUCGAAUACAGAAACACGGUUAUUUGCAGCCCAAACGUUUCGACAAAAGAUAACCUAUGAUUUACGUGAUCUCGAACCCGCAGCACGAUUAGCUCUACGCGAUUCGUUGGUCGAACGAUUGACGGUUUUCGCUACGGGACCUAAACCAGUCAUGUUGCAGUUGUGUUUGGCUUUGGCAGAUCUGGCCAUUCAGUUGUCGGAAUGGAAGACAGCUGUGAAGGAUAUGGUUGCAAAGUUUGGUGGAUCGCCCGACACGGCCGUGUGUCUACUCGAAUUUCUUACUGUACUUCCUGAAGAGCUGAAUACAAAUACCAGAUUACCACUAACAGAUCACGAAUACAAAGAACAAGGCGUUUCUCUGCUUGAGAGUAAUUCUGGUGAAGUGUUGAAAUUGCUGAUCAUGUAUAUGCAAUCGAGCGCGGGCAAUAUCGAUCUGCAAGAGCGCGUAUUUAAAUGUCUUUCUAGCUGGCUUCGUGCAGGCGAUGUUGACAUUGCUAUUCUGGGAAACAGCCCACUGAUGAGCAUGGCAUUCGAAGCACUUGAUAACGAGCAACUAUUCGACGUUGCUGUGGAUUUGGGUGUCGAGAUCAUUUUCGAAACCCGCGAUUUCAAUGCUACGACAUCCAACUUGGUCCGCAACAUUUAUCAAUAUAUGGUGCCUCUUUUGGACAAGAUUCGUGAAGCCAAGGAAGAGGAGGACAGUGACAAAGUGCGUGGCUACUGUCGAUUGUUUGUUAGUGCAGGCGAAGCCUAUGUCCCGCUUAUCAUUCAGCACCCUGACGAUCUCAACGCUAUACUGGAGGGUAUCAUGCUAUGCACAGCUUACAACGAUUUGGAGAUUGUACCCAUCACCUUUAAGUUCUGGGACGAGUUGACGUAUGCCUUGAUGAAUCCACGCAAUGACCAAGCUAUUUCGACGCUUAGUCGAUACUACGAUGCAUUGGUGGAUAUAAUUAUUCAACAUUUACACUAUCCCGACGAUGUAGCCAGCUGGUCUGCGAAAGAGCGUGAUGAUUUCAAGGAUUUCCGACACGAUAUGGGAGAUACACUUAAGGAUUGCUGCAAAGUUCUCAAGCCGGCACCAUGUUUGACCAAACCACUGCUACAAUUACAGAAGCUCUUGACGACUCCAAACACAAAAUGGCAGCAGAUCGAAGCACCUAUUUUCUCUCUCAGAGCCAUGGGUGCACAAGUACCGGAUGACGAAGAGCAAGUCAUGCCACAAAUUCAGGAUCUACUCUCUAGGCUCCCUGAUCAUCCCAAGAUACGCUACGCCGCAACACUCGUCAUUUCUCGUUACACAUUCUGGACUCGCACACAUCCACAGUAUAUCACUUAUCAGCUUAAUUUCAUCUCGGCUGGUUUCCAAAAUGAAGAGGUCGCUGCAGCAAGUGCAUUGGCACUCAAACAUUUAUGCAAAGACUGCAAUGAGCUACUGAUCGACUAUCUCUCCGAAUUACACCCUUUCUAUACCAGUAUUAUCCGCACGCUCCCCUUUAUUGACGCACUGGAAGUGACCGAAGCAAUAGCCCAUGUGCUUGCCGUGGUUCCUGUAUCCAACCUGCAGAAUGCGCUACAACAAUUCUGUUUACCGCUUGCACAAGAUUUACACAGCAUAGCUAUCAAAGAAGGAAACGUACAAUCGCGAGAUGACCACCAAAAAGCAUGUGAUCUACUCGAGCUGAUAGCAGCAUUCAUCUCCAUUAUCCAUCCUGACGUACCACUCGGACAGCCCAACCCAUGUGUCAAUUUUGUCAACGAGUUAUGGCCGAUAUUUGAUCUCUGCUUAAAGAACCUUGGCACGGAUUCUGAAGUGUGCGAACAGCUCGGCAAGUGUUUCAAGAGCUGCGUACAAUCCUACAGGCUGGCGUUCGUGCCAUUGUUACCACAGCUGAUGGAUCGCCUGGUCACCGGGUUUCAACUGAGCGGCUUCAGUGUAUAUCUCUUUGUCUCUUAUCGGAUUAUUCGCGAAUAUGCCGAAGGAGGCGAAGAUAAUGCAGCAGUAUGCUUUAGCCUUGUGGAGCGUCUGAGUCAAAUCAUGCUCACCAAAGCCAAUAAUACAAAGUUCGACGACAUGCCAGAUGUGGUGGAGGAAUACUUUGGAUUGCUGACCGCACUGUUGGAAGCAGCCCCUACACAUCUUUUACACAGCACAUUAUUCCCUACCGUAUUCCAACUUGGCUUUGCAGGAUUAUCCAUGGGUGAAGUGCGUGCACUGAGCUCUGUGAUUGUCUUUUAUCGACGUCUCUUGGGCAUUGCGCUAUCUGUGGACGAGCUGGUACCUGCAGACGCAACACGAACCGCGGCAUCCAUCGGUCAAAAUGGCGCACAGAUCAUUGAACAAUUCAGAAAUAGCGGAAGCGCAUUCGUACGACUUAUCUUCACCGGUUUGAUCUAUCAUUACACUUGGGAUGUCAUUUCGGAUAUCGCGUCCAUCAUCAAGUCACUGGCACAGAUCUUACCCUUAGAAACAAGUGAAUGGGUGGUUGCUGUCGUGAGUGAAAUACCAGAGACCAAUUUGGCAGCUCGAAACAAAAAUGAAUUCUUAACUAGCUACAUGGGUGCUAUCAACGAAAAGCAAUGGGCCAAGGCUCGACGAGUUUUAUCGGAUUUCAUCACUUCGUAUAGACGGAAAAAUGCGAUUGACCGAACCACUGAAUAA